GUGAGUCAGUGCCACCGGGGGUGGAAACCUAUCAAUACAGAACAAAUAAGCUGGGAGUGAGCUUUAACUUCACCAUUACUCAUUUCAGUUGGUCGGGACUGACGCUGAAACGAAAAAAAACCACUCACCAUUUAACACCGGAGCCAGCAACAAAAUUGCAAAGGAAUUUCAUUCAGAACUAAUUCAGACAGGAAAACCUUAUUGUCGCAUUUAUUGUUGACGAAUCAGCAGCAACUACAAAUUGUUGGACAUGUCUGUGUUUAAAAAACUAACGGAUGCAUUCUCCACUGACAAACCAGCCACUUCAGGUGAAAGGGACCAGGUCAUCCGAGAAACUACGAAGAAAACUCGGUUAAUGAAAGAUCAAGAAUGGAUUAAAAAUAAAGGAGAUGACUCUCAAAAUACGUCAGUUGAUGUCAACUAUGGAAAAAAAGCAUUAAACCCAGUAAAGGCAGAAGGAAAUCCGUUUAGGGAUUCGACUGGGUCAAGUAAAGUGACACCAACAAAAAGGGGUGACACCCUAGAUGGAAGAAAAAGUGGCAGCACUACUGACCUCCGCAAGGCACCAUGGACUUCAAGCCAGGAAAAACUCACAAGUGGCAGCAGUACUGACCUCCGCAAGGCACCAUGGACUUCAAGCCAGGAAAAACUCACAAGAGAUAAAGAGAGCACUGAUGUCACCAGUCCUUCUAGGAAAUAUUCAAGUUCGGACAGACUUAACAGGUUAUCAACAGGCAAUUCUGAUGACUUGCCAAAGAUGACAAUAGUUUCAUCUGAAACAAAAUUUGAUACUCCGUCCAGUAAGAGACCACAGACUAGGCCCUCCCCUGAUGGUCAAGUGACAACGCAGGAUAAAACAUCCACAACGCCAAUUCUGAAAUGGGAUAACAAAAAAGAUGAAACACUACCAAAUGUCAAUACUUCAAAGCCCUCAACUCUGGAGCGAAAGUCAGUCAAAACACCAACCAAGAGUGAACCUUUGAUCGAUCUGACUCCAACCACACAAAAGACAAGCAAGGGGUCAUCAGAUAUUUUGCCUAAGGUUGAAAGUAAAAGUCUUAUAGAUCUGUCUGUUACUUCAGACAAAACAAAUGAAAGCAGGAACAGUGGAGACUGGGGAAAUACCAACUCUUACACCACAAGCACAAAAACAACUUUUGACCCAAAGGCUGGCAGUGACGAUUGGACCACCAUCACGUCUUCCACCACUUCAAGCACAAAAUCUAGCAUUGACAACACUCCCAAGAAGCCAAGCAGGAACAGUGGAGAUUGGGAAAAGACCAACUCUUACACCACAAGCACAAAAACAACUUUUGACCCAAACUCUGGCAGUGACGAUUGGACCAACAUCACCUCUUCCACCACUUCAAGCACAAAAUCUAGCAUUGACAACACUCCCAAGAAGUCAAGAUCUACAAGUGAAAAAGAUCUUCUUAAUGAUGAAUCACCAUACAAGUCACCAACUUCAUAUACCAAGACGAGCAAGACUUACAGCUAUAAUUCAAAUAAUGAUCAAAGUCCGGCCGUGGACGAGCCAUAUAGUUCUCGCUCUUCCUAUAAGGAAAACAGCCCUUAUGAUGAUGAUGAAUCUUCAAGCUACCAAUCCUCAAACUAUUCGCUGCCGAAACCCAGGAGCUCCAGCUCAUCGUUAUCAGAUGGCAAGAGUCCUGCACAAGUAAUAACCUUAACCACUGCAUACACCAGCGCUGGACAGACUACUAAAGAUAAAAAUGUUUGCAGCCAAUGCUACAAACCCUUCAACGGUGAUCCAAAAAUGAUCUUGGAGGAUUUGAACAUUAACUGCCAUGCAUCUUGCCUUAAGUGCCAAAUUUGCAACCGAUCGCUUGAAGAUCUGAGUGCUGGGGACAACCUCUGGGUUCACCAUCACACUGUGCAUUGUGAGAGGUGCUAUGAUAAUGCAAAGGCACAACUUGGGUAUUAAAUGGACCCUUGGAACAGAGUAUCAGCUGAAUCACAAACUCUAAGUUUGAUAUCUAUCGGGAAUGGACGAACAUAUUUACAAAACAUUCACAUUUUAGUGGCUAUCUCAUACAAAUAAUGUUGACUUUCUCAAAAUCUAAUUUCUGUAUUCUAUUUUAAAAUAAAGGAAUAUGUAUUUCACCUUGUAAUGUACUAUGGGGCUAAGCUGAUAAAAAAUCAACUUGUAUUAUGUAAAGGUAAAAAAAAAAUUCUGGUGAAGGUGAACCUGUCAAGAAAUAAUUUCUUUACUUGUUUGACAUAUAUUUAAAGAAGCAUGAGUGUAGUCGGCUUUCUUUCUCAAAAUACCAUUCACCAGAUUAUGUGAUUAAGAAUCAAUAACUAUUCUGUGUUAAUUUUGCUUUAUCCUUUAUCUGAAGAAUAAUCUCACCCAUCAAAUUAUAAAAGGUUAAAUAACUUUGUAAGAUAAAUAAAUAGAAUAGAAAUUUUACAUUUAAUUCAAACCUGCAUUUCAAAUUGUUCUUCAGUUUUCUUUCAGUUUUCUAAUAUGUAAUUAUAGGACUAAAACCAAUCAGACUCGCACAUGCAAGAUUUAACAGCCGAUUGGUAAAGAUUCAGAUGAACUGGUAUCUUUGAUGACUGUGCUGUAGAAAUCUUUGUAUUUGCAUGGCUAUGUUUGGCAAUAUACUUAAAACAAAUUCAAUAAACAUGAUAUUCAUUAA